AUGUUACUAACUGAUCCAACUGAACAAUAUAAUUUAAUCACCAAGGACUUACAAGAAGUUCUUAAUGCCCAAAUCAUUAAAAACAUCUUGGAAGUUGAAAAAAGACCAGUCAAACUUUACUGGGGUACUGCACCAACUGGUAAACCACAUUGUGGUUAUUUUGUCCCUAUGGUCAAAUUAGCCCAUUUCUUAAAAGCUGGUUGUGAAGUCACUGUUUUAUUGGCUGAUUUGCAUGCUUAUUUAGAUAAUAUGAAGGCACCAUUAGAAGUUGUUCAAUAUCGUGCAAAAUAUUAUGAAUUUGUUGUGAAAUCAAUUUUAAAAUCUAUUGGAGUUCCAAUUGAAAGAUUAAAAUUUGUUGUUGGAUCCUCAUAUCAAAAAGAUGGGAAAUAUAUUAUGGAUCUUUUUAAAUUAUCAAAUAUUGUUUCUCAAAAUGAUGCCAAGAGAGCUGGUGCUGAUGUUGUUAAACAAGUUGAUAAUCCUUUAUUAUCUGGUUUGAUUUAUCCUUUGAUGCAAGCUAUUGAUGAAGAACAUUUAGAUGUUGAUGUUCAAUUUGGUGGUGUUGAUCAAAGAAAAAUCUUUGUUUUAGCAGAAGAACAUUUACCUAGUAUUGGAUACAAAAAGAGAGCUCAUUUAAUGAAUAAAAUGGUGCCUGGUUUAGGUCAAGGAGGGAAAAUGAGUGCAAGUGAUCCAAAUUCAAAAAUUGAUGUAUUAGAAGAACCAAAAGUUGUUAAGAAAAAGAUUAAUUCAGCUUAUUGUGCUCCUGGUGAUAUAGAAAAUAAUGGAUUACUUUCAUUUGUUGAAUUCGUCAUACAACCAAUUCAUGAACUUAAAACUGGUGUAGAAGGUUCAUUUAAAUUAGAUAUUAAUAGACCUGAAAAAUAUGGUGGACCAAUUUCUUAUGAUUCUUUAGAAAAAUUGAAAGCUGAUUUUAAAGAAGAAUUAUUAGCUCCACCUGAUUUAAAAUCAGGGGUUGCUGAUAAGAUUAAUGAAUUAUUAGCCCCAAUUAGAGCUGAUUAUGAAUCUAAUCAAGAAUUCCAAGAUGCUCAAAAGAAUGGUUAUCCUGUUGAAAAACCAAAACAAGAAAAGAAGGUUAAAAAAGUUAAGAAUAAAGGGUCUAAAUACCCAGGUGCUACCAAGUCACAAGAAGAACCACAACCUGAAAAACAAACAGAAGUACCAGUAGUUGCCAAUGGAAAUGUAGAAGAAAUUAAACAAGAAUCAUAG